AGCCUCCCCAGAGGCCCAGAGAAAGAAAGGAGAGAGAGAAAGAGAGGGAGGGAGAGCCACCACCUGCUGGCAGAGACCUGCUGGCCAGCGCGCAGGGCACGCAGCAUGUGGGAACUCCGCUCCAUAGCCUUCUCCAGAGCUGUGUUCACUGAGUUUCUGGCCACGCUCCUCUUUGUCUUCUUUGGCCUCGGCUCAGCCCUCAACUGGCCUCAGACUCCACCCUCUGUACUGCAGAUCGCUAUGGCCUUUGGCCUGGGCAUCGGGACCCUGGUGCAGACUCUGGGCCACAUCAGCGGGGCCCACAUCAACCCUGCGGUGACCGUGGCCUGCCUGGUGGGUUGCCACGUCUCCUUCCUGCGCGCCGUCUUCUACGUGGCUGCCCAACUGCUGGGGGCCGUGGCCGGAGCCGCUAUUCUCCAUGAGAUCACGCCAGUAGAAAUCCGUGGGGAUCUGGCUGUCAAUGCUCUCAACAACAACACGACAGCGGGCCAGGCGGUGACCGUGGAGCUCUUCCUGACCCUGCAGCUGGUGCUCUGCAUCUUCGCCUCCACCGAUGACCGCCGUGGUGACAACCUGGGUAGCCCUGCCCUCUCCAUUGGUUUCUCCGUGACCCUGGGCCAUCUCCUUGGGAUCUACUUCACUGGCUGCUCCAUGAACCCUGCCCGCUCCCUGGCUCCUGCUGUCGUGAUUGGCAAGUUUGAUGACCACUGGGUCUUCUGGAUCGGACCCCUCGUCGGCGCCAUCCUGGGCUCCCUCCUGUACAACUACGUGCUGUUCCCGUCGACCAAGAGCCUGCAGGAGCGCCUGGCCGUGCUCAAGGGCCUGGAGCCGGACACCGACUGGGAGGAGCGCGAGGUGCGGCGGCGGCAGUCGGUGGAGCUGCACUCCCCGCAGAGCCUGCCGCGCGGCAGCAAGGCCUGA